AUGCGGGAUGCUGCGCUCCAUCCAAGCGGAGCCCGGCGCGCGGUUUUACGCACAGUGGCACGUCCGAGCUCAUCCACAAAGACCCUUAGCCUUCCCCAGUUUAUCCUGAUCAUAUCAGUGAUGCUGCUGGUCCCGGUCCAGCUAGCAUCAGCUCAUCCUCAGUGUCUGGACUUCGCGCCACCUUUCAAACCCUCGUGGCACCUGGAGUUUUGCACGCAGUACGAGCAGUUUGGCUGCUGCGACCAGAAAACAGACAACGUGAUCGCGGAGAGGUACUGGGACAUUAUUGACCAGCUGGAAGCGGCGGGUGAUGAGCUCUGUGCAGACAUGCUGAAGGAAAUAAUGUGCCAGGAGUGCUCUCCAUACGCAGCCCACCUGUAUGACGCCGAGGACCCGUACACACCUGUCCGAGAGCUUCCUGGCCUUUGCUUCGGCUACUGCUCCGAGUUUCACGGCAAAUGUCGCCAUGUGGUCAAAUACCUAACUGAGAACCAGCUGCUGCGGGACACCUCAGAGCGAGACGUGUCCACGUUCUGCAGCGUGGUCGACCUGUCCGACCAGGACUACUGCUACCCCAACGUGCUGAAGAGCGCCGACCUGAACAGCAACCUGGGACAGGUGGCGGAGGACACCAAAGGGUGUCUCCAGGUGUGCCUGACAGAGGUGGCCAACAACCUCAGGAAUCCCGUGCUGAUGCUUCACAGCGGCGACGGCACGCAUCGCAUGUUCGUCGCCGAACAGUUGGGAUUCGUGUGGGUUUAUCUGCGCGACGGCAGCCGGCUGGAGCGGCCAUUCCUGGACAUGAGCGGGGAGGUGAUGACCACGCCCUGGCUGGGGGACGAGAGGGGCUUCCUGGGGAUGGCCUUCCACCCCAAAUAUCGAGACAACGGACGCUUCUUCAUCUACUACUCCAUCCUGGUCAACAGUGAGCUGGAGAAAGUUCGAGUCAGUGAGAUGAAGGUGUCUGCGCACGAUAUGAACGCGGCCGACGCUCACUCAGAGAGGGUCAUUUUGGAGAUCGAGGAGCCGGCGGCGAACCACAACGGAGGCCAGCUGCUGUUUGGUCUGGACGGAUAUUUGUACAUCUUUACUGGUGAUGGUGGAAAAGCUGGAGAUCCAUUUGGGAAAUAUGGCAACGCACAAAACAAGAGCGCUCUGUUGGGAAAAGUGCUCCGCAUCGACAUAGACGGGAGUGACUCCAGUGGGAAGCAGUUCAGGAUCCCCCCCGAUAACCCGUUCCUCCGUGACCCCGAGGCCCGGCCUGAGGUGUACGCGUACGGCGUCAGAAACAUGUGGCGCUGCUCUGUGGACCGCGGAGACCCCGUCAGCCGCUACGGCAGGGGCAGGAUCUUCUGCGGAGACGUGGGUCAAAACCGCUACGAGGAAAUCGACAUUAUUGUGAAGGGAGGAAACUACGGAUGGAGAGCCAAAGAGGGCUUCGAGUGCUACGAUCUGAAACUGUGCCACAACUCCUCGCUGAAUGACAUCCUCCCCAUAUUUGCGUACAGCCAUCAUGUUGGGAAGUCUGUGACGGGGGGAUAUGUGUACAGAGGAUGUGAAUCACCCAAUCUCAACGGUCUGUACAUUUUUGGAGACUUCAUGAGUGGUCGAAUCAUGGCGUUAGAGGAAGAUAAGGCGGCAGGAAGCUGGAGGGAGAGGAGCGUGUGCAUGGGCGAAACCAAGACGUGCUCGUUUCCUGGACUCAUCAACCAUCAUCACAAGUUCAUCAUCUCGUUUGCUGAAGACGAAGCAGGGGAGCUAUAUUUUCUGGCCACUGCGUACCCGAGUGCCACGUCUCCGUAUGGGACUGUUUUCAAAUUCAUGGAUCCGUCCAGACGUGCUCCUCCGGGGAAAUGCAAGCAGAAACCGCUGCCUGUCAAAGUGAGAGGGAAGAAGUUUCCUUUUGUGCCGCGGGAACGUGAGUCACCUCAGCUUACCUUCACAUUUUUAUGACUUUGUCUUCAAACUUUAUGCUUCAAUUUAAUGCACAAAACCUGACAAACCUCUGAAAUUGCACUUUAACAGAAAUACUUCCACUGUG